GGCUUUGAUGCGGAGUAGCAUUUGAUUUUGUCGUGUUAUUCAACAAUAACCUACCACGUGUGUUGAAAUUUUUAUAGGUUAAGUUAUUCAUUAAUAGUGAAUAUUAUAAACUUUGAAUAAAAUUCAUUAGAAGAAGUUUAAGAUGAAGGGAAUAGUAAAAAAUAAAGUUGUUAAAAAGAAAGGUGUUUCGAAAAUAAAGAAAAAAUUACCAGCAAAGAAGAAAAAUUUGGCUGAUACUUCUAUAGAUGAGUUUUUCAAUCAAGAUUUUGAACUUGAAGAAAAUAAUGAAAGUAAAACAAAGAAAAGGAGUAAAAAAGAUGAAUCGGAAAGUGAAGAAAGUGAUGUUGAUAUUGAAUCUCAUAAGAAAUCUUUGAAGAGUUUGAAAGAUGUAGAUCCGGAGUUUUAUCAAUUUCUACAGAAAAAUGAUAAAAAAUUAUUGGAUUUUAAUUUAUCUGAUGAUGAAAAAGCAUCGGAUGAUGAAGAAGAUCAUGAAGACAAACAUGUUCCUCCAAGUAGUUUAGAGGUUCCUAGUGAUGAAAGUGAUUAUGAACAAACAGAAGUAGUUGAAAAUGAAGCAUCUCAAGGUCCUAUAAAAAUUACAUUUAAAUUAUUGGAUCAUUGGCGAGAUGAAAUCCAAAAAGACAAAUCAAUUAAAACAAUUAAAAAGUUAGUUGAUGCAUUCCAUGCUGCACUUAUUACUGUUUCUGAUCCUGAUGCAUCUACACAGGUUCAGUAUAAGAUAGAAGGAGGUGCAUUAUUUAAUGCUGUCGUUCAACUAUGUAUUCUCAGUCUCCCAGAUGCAUUGAAAAAAUUCUUAAAAAUUAGUUCAGAAGCUGAAUUCGAAGCUCAUAAAUCCAAACGAUUUCCUAAAAUAAGAAGCGUUUUAAAGACCUACUUGAAGGAUUUAUUAGAGCUCUUACAACAUCUAACAUCGCCAGAAAUUUUAAGAGUACUCUUGAAACAUCUACAUGCAUUGAUUCGAUUCACUCGAUCAUUUUCAUCACUAAAUAAACUACUUAUCAGAAUUUUAUUGAAAUUAUGGUCAACUGGAGAAGAAAGUGUACGAGUAAUUGCAUUCUUGAACAUCUAUCAACUAGCUAAAACCAGAGAAGAGUCUCUUUUAGAAACACUUCUUAAAAGUAUGUAUUUAAAGUAUGUUGAAAAUGCAAAAUUCGUUGCACCAAGUACUUUACCUGGAAUUAACUUCAUGAGAUGCUCAUUAGUCGAAAUUUAUUUGCUGGAUAGUAAUUAUGCAUACAAUUAUGUAUUCUUGUAUGUAAGGCAACUGGCUAUCUAUUUAAGAAAUGCAAUGACAUUGAAGAAAAAGGAACACUUCCAAGCCGUUUAUAAUUGGCAAUUUAUUAAUGCACUCCGUUUCUGGUGUGAUUUGAUAAUUUCAUCAAAAAAUAAUCAGAUGAUACAAUCACUUCAAUAUCCAUUAGUACAAAUCAUCACAGGAACUAUUCAAAUGAUCCCAACAUCACAAUUUUAUCCACUACGAUUCCAUUGCACUCAAAUGCUAAUCAAAAUUUCCAAAGAAACGGGAACUUUUAUUCCUGUUUUACCCUAUUUAUUAGAGGUUUUAAAUAACUAUGAUUUUAAUAAAAAACAUACAGCAGUUAGUAUGAAACCAUUAUCGUUCAUUUGUAUAUUAAGAGUAUCUAAAUCUCAGUUAAGAGAAAAUGGAUUUAAAGAUGCAGUGAUUGAAAGUAUUUAUGAAUUAAUGCUUGAAACCGCUGCAAAAGAUAGCCAUUUUUGCCAUUUUCCUGAUAUGUAUGUUCCUUGUAUAAUACAAUUGAAACACUUCUUAAAGAAAUGCAAGGUCACUAAUUUCUGUAAAAAGAUCAAACAACUCCUCAGUAAAAUCCAAGAAAAUGCUCAGUUCAUUGAAACUGAAAGAAAAAAAAUAACUGUUGAUCUGAAAGAUUUAGCAUCAAUUAAAAACUGGGAAAAUACAAUAAAGAAUCAAGGAACGCCAUUGAUAAAAUUCUACAAAUCGUGGUUUGAAAUUCAUCAAUCACAAAAAUUGAAAUUAUUAACACAAAAUGACAGUAUGUCAGAUCUUAAAUUACCAGUUAUUAAAAAAUCAAAUAAAAAACGUAAUAAUAAUGAUAGUGAUAACAGUGAUCUUGACAUGACUGAAGAACAACUUAAAGCAAUGGAUAAAAAGCAGAAAGCACAGAAGAAGAAAAAGCGAAAAGUUGUACAUGAAAACAAAAAUGGUGGUGAUUUUUCAAUAGAUAAUAAUGUGGAUAUUGUUGAAGAUAUGACGCUUAAUGACUGGAAAUGAAUGUAUUUUUGAAUGAAAAUAUACAAUAAUCUAAUUGAAAAACCAA